AUGGAGGACGCGAUGCCGGCCGGCGGGUGGACGGACGCCGAGGCCACGGGCGCCGGCGCGUCGAGCAGACCGGAUGGCGCGGGCGACACGCAGGGGUCGCAGUGCGACGGGCGACGGCUGCGAUUCUUCGACCAUGCGAUGCGCAAGGCGUGCUGGGAGAAGGCGGACGUGGUGCCUGGGCGACACCCGGACAGGUAUCCCUCCCCGCCACGUGCAACGUUGACGGCCCCGGAUGGCGAGGUGACCUUAGAGUUCGCCCCAAAAGUCACCUCGUCUCUCCCCGCCACGUGCGGCGCGCAUUGUCCGGGGUGGCAGGUGGCGCGUGGACGCGGCGGGCAACACGCAAAGUUCCCAACCGCAUGUGCUUGCUUGCUCCUAUGCACUGCACCCACCAUCCACAUGCCUGCACCUCCUCCUGUGCGUCAUCCGUGCACCACUGCUCCAUCCCUGCCCUCCCCCCCAUGCCCCUGCACGGGAGCAGGCGGGGCGACCUCGGUGGAGAAUUGUCAGCUGCUGCAGACGCGGGUGAACCGGUUCAAGUCAGACAAGGACCAGCUCUCACCACAGGAAUACUCCCAUGCCUCCUGCCACCUCACCCUCACUGACAAGGAUCUGGAUCUGGUGGAGAUGGCGGUGUACGGCGAUGUGGUGCGGCCGGGCAUGCAGUGCCGCGUCACCACGGUCGCCGAGGCCAUGGGCGUGCUGCCCCCUGCCCCGCGCCGCCGCCCCACCAAGCCCCAGCAGCAGUACGGCGCGUGCCACUGGCCCGGUGCUGCCAGUGAGCAGGCGCAGGGGAGCCUGUCCUGA